AUGUCGAUGAGCAGAAUAGCAAAUCGAUUUCCAAGGACGGUGUUGACUCAGUUCCGCAACUCGCUGUUAUUUUGCCAACGUCGUGACCACAAAUGUGUUUCCGCUCUGUCCAAUCAAUUCCUGUCUCCCCAUGGCCCCCGGAAUACGGUUGUCCCUGGUCAGGUGUCACUGCUGCAUCAUUCAGCCCUAAAAUCAUCUUCCUUUCAAUGGUUUCGAUUCUCGUCAUCAGCAUCUCCACAGCCCAAUGAAAAGGAGACUGCUCAAUCUGGAAAUGAACAGGAAGAUAAGGCAGAGGGUGCUGCUGCUGUUGAUCGAACAGAAGCAUUUGUUUCUGAUGAAAAAAAUAAGUCAGAUUUGCAAAGUGACCUAACAAGAGAUGACCUGGUGAAACUUGUGGUGGAGAAGGAAGAACUUGUGAAGCUGAAAGAGGAAGAGCAUGAGAAAAUGAAGGACAAGAUUUUGAGGACUUACGCAGAGAUGGAGAACGUGAAGGAACGCACUAGACGUGAAGCAGAGAACACAAAGAAAUUCGCCAUUCAGAAUUUUGCAAAAAGCCUUUUGGACGUGGCAGAUAAUCUGGGUAGGGCUUCUGCUGCUGCAAGAGAGGGCUUUUCAAAGAUUGAUACAUCUAAUGAUGCUUCCGGGUCUGUUCCUCAACUUAAAACACUUCUUGAAGGUGUUGAAAUGACUGAAAAACAACUAACGGAGGUAUUCAAAAAGUUUGGAGUAGAGAAGUAUGAUCCGAUUAAUGAAGAAUUUGAUCCAAACAGACAUAAUGCUGUGUUUCAAGUUCCAGAUGCUUCAAAGCCAGUGGACCAUGUUGCAGUUGUGCUAAAGGCUGGAUACAUGCUGCAUGACCGAGUUAUACGGCCUGCAGAAGUUGGUGUGACGGUGGCAGUCGACAGCGAGUAA